UAGGUGUGUUGGUGUCGUCUGCAGCAAGCGAUUGUUACAUCCAUUGCCUUAAACAAAUAGCCCCAAAGUCCCUGUCAUUCUGACUUCUUCUUCUCUCCAGCCGGCCCAGGCCAACAGCUAGCACUGGUCUUCUGUCAAGUCUCAGUGAUCUUGUCUCGCAAUCAUUCACGCUGCUUCAAAAAUGACUGCUUUAGUGUGCAGGACUGCACUAAAGCAGAUUCCGGCGCUCAUCAUCCCAGGCAGAAAUUUCUCAUCAAGCCAGAUGAGCUCUGGCAAGAUCUACGAGCUGCGCACGUACACGUUCAAACCGGCCCACUUCCGGGAAUAUCUGGACCUGACUAAGGAGAAAUUGCACCUGCGGACUGCUCUCUCCAAACUGUAUGGCUUUUGGGUCACGGAGCUUGGAGGAAUCAAUGAAGUCAAUCACAUCUGGGAGUUUGAUAGCUUUGGCCACCGCACUGGAGUCCGGCAGAAGCUCGCUGCGGACCAGACAUGGAACGAGUCGUACUUUAGCAAGAUCACACCUCUCCUUGUGAAGCAGGAAAACACCGUCCUCUUGGCAUCUUCAUUGAAACAAGUGGAAGAUUCCCCUGUCGCAGAGGGAGGUGUGUAUGAGCUUUGCCAGUCUGAAGCCAAACCGGGCAGUGAGGAUCUCCUGAUGCAAGCGAUCUCCAAGCGGGCGGAGUUUGUCGUGACAACCGGGGGUGGCAAACUGAUGGGGCUUUUCUCCACCGAUGUUGGCCACAAUAACAGAAUUUAUCAUCUAUGGAGUUAUGAGAGCAUGGACAGAAGACGCGAAACAAACAUUGCUCUGAUGGAGUCUGCCAAAGAUUAUACCAAAGAGCUGAAUGAUCACGUGAUCAGCACUUCAAACAAGCUGAUGAUUCCGUUUCCAGUCUCUCCUCCGUUUCCAGUCUCUCCUCUGAAGUAGAAUUGGUGUCAGUGCAUUCCUCCUGGGAAAUCCCGUCAAGCAGUCCUAGGUUUCAUUCGGAAAAAUGGAGAGUGCCUCGUGAAUUUUAGAUUUAUUUACAGUGCGUAAUCUCCUAUGGGGAGAAGCUUGUUGGAAUCACUCAUGUGGCAAAAUCAGUGGCAUUAUAUGGCAUUAAGAAAAUGUCAACCAUCUUUACAUUUCUUUGAACAGUAAAUUUUGUGCAUUCAUUUGUAGUUGUGAUUGGUGUAUUUGCCCCACUUUAUACUCGAUUUUAAAAACUAUAGGUAACUGAUCAUAACUUCUAUGUAUCCGCUGCCCACUGUAUA